AUGGCGUCCAAUGAUACUGUGCUUGCGGUGGAAAAGGUUGCCGCUAACCAUGUGGAAGAUACCCUGGGCCACGGCGCAAUCCACGAGGCCAAACAAGCUACCGAUGAUGAGCACUCCCAGACGCUGAUGCAGGCCUUGCGUGAAAACCGCAAGGCUGUUAUGUGGUCUGUUUUGAUCUCUGGGUGCAUUAUCAUGGAGGGAUACGAUACCAUCCUAAUGGGAAACUUCUGGGGCUACCCCUCAUUCAAUAAAAAGUAUGGACAGGACUAUGGUGGUGAUAUCGGAUGGCAGGUAUCUGCAGCUUGGCAGACCGGUCUAAGCAUGGCCAGUACGGUUGGAUGUAUCUUCGGCGGUAUCUUGAACGGAUAUAUGGCGUCCAAGUACGGUUACCGAAUUGUUAUGAUUGUCGCCCUUGCCGCUCUCACGGCCUUGAUCUUCAUCACAUUUUUCGCCAACUCCGCAGCAGUCCUCCUUGUCGGCCAGGUACUUUGCGGUCUCUCAUGGGGAGUGUUCGCCACUGUUGGACCAGCAUAUGCAUCUGAAGUAUGCCCCACCGUGCUGCGCGGUUACCUCACCAUCUACGUCAACUUGUGCUGGGCCAUCGGUCAGCUCAUCGCCUCCGGUGUCCUCUACGGACUCGUCGACCGAACGGACCAAUGGGGCUACCGUAUCCCCUUCGGCCUGCAGUGGAUUUGGCCUGUUCCUUUGAUUGUUAUUUCUUGGCUCGCGCCCGAGAGCCCCUGGUGGCUCGUCCGCAUGGAUCGCCUAGAAGAUGCCAAGCGCAGUGUUCGCCGACUCGGCGGCGGCAAGACCGAAGACCAGAUCAACGGACAAGUCGCGAUGAUGUUACACACGAUCAAGCUCGAAUCCGAGAUUGAGGCCGGAACGAGCUAUUACGAGUGUUUCAAGGGAGUUGAUCUGCGCCGCACCGAGAUCUGCUGCAUGGCCUUUGUCGGUCAGAUUCUUUCCGGUAGUACAUUCGCCUACUCACCUUCCUAUUUCUUCAUCCAAGCCGGCCUGAGCGUAACCCACUCUUUCCAACUCGGCGUGGGCUGCACUGCCAUUGCAUUUACUGGAACUUGUUUCUCCUGGUGGCUGAUCACCGGAUUCGGCCGUCGCACGCUUUACGUGUGGGGCCAGGGGAUCCUUUGUACGAUCCUCCUCCUAAUUGGCAUCCUGGACGUGUCUUCCAGCGCGAACGGCAUUAUGUGGGCGCAAGCCGGACUCUGCUUCGCCUGGCUCUUGACCUAUUCCCUAACCAUUGGACCGAUUGCAUACGCCAUUGUCUCAGAGACAUCAUCUAUACGUCUUCGCCCGCUGACUGUCUGCCUCGCCCGCACAGCAUACCAGAUCAUCAACGUCGUGUCCCAAGUCCUGGAGCCAUACUUCAUGAACCCAACAGCGUGGAACGCCUCCGGCAAGACCGGAUUUUUCUGGGGUGGCACCGCGUUCAUUGCCUUCGUCUGGGCAUUCUUCCGUCUCCCGGAGGCCAAGGACCGCACCUAUGCAGAGCUGGACAUUCUGUUUGUCCAAAAGGUUAAUGCGCGCAAGUUCUCUUCGACUGUCGUCGAUAUCUAUGCGGUUCACACUGCUGAGUCGCAGGAUCGUCUUGUGAAUGAAAAGACGGAUUAG